AAGCAAUGCAGUCCGUCCUGAAAGCCAAGGAUGAAAUGCAAGCAGCAAUGGAGAAAGAGCUCAGGUCACUCAAGGAAACACUCCAGCUGAAGGAUGGAGGAGUGCAGGAGACGGAGGCCAAAUCGGAAGCCCAAGUUGCAGCUGAGGAUAAGGAGGCGGCGGCGAACUGUGACGACCUCCACGAUGCAGCGCGAAGCGGCAAGACUGCCGCGGUGCGGCAUUUUCUCCGGGAAGAUCCAGGUGGUGUGAACAAGAGAGAUGAACACAAAAGCACACCGCUGUUUUUAGCAGCACACCGAGGCCACGGUGAUGUGGCCCAGUUCCUUCUUGCAGCCCAGGCCAAUGUCAAUGCUCGAAAUGAUUUCAAUAGCACCCCGCUUGAUUGGGCAGCUUCAAACGGCCACGGAGAGGUGGUGAGGAUCCUCAUCGCAGCUAAGGCCAAUAUCACUGCCGUUGACAAUCAUGGGAGGAGACCGCUGCAUAACGCAGCGAUCGGGGGACACGGUGAGGUGGUCCAGAUUCUGGUGGAGGCUGAGCCGAGCACCUCCCACGUGGAAGGCAAAGAUGGGGCAGGACAGACAGCUUUGGGCUGGGCAAAGCAGCAGGGUCAUCCGGCGGUGCAACAGAUCUUGAAAGAUGCGGGGGCUCGAAAGUGAGCAUGAUCAUCAUGUGAGUGACGGCAGGGUAUUUAUCACCCAGCACAUUGAAUGCUUGCUGGUCAGCCAUUCGUUGUUUUCGCUGAAUGCAGCUGCGUGUGACAGUCUUAGACUGGACAAUCUCGUGCUGAUUGGAAGAAAGCAAAUUCAAAA